AUGUUACAGGAAAAGGAGAAAGGAAAUGUGGAAGAAAAUGCCUUUGAGGCCUUGGAGAAGGACUUCCAGGAGGUUCUCAAUGAGCUCAUGGGCGACAAGAGUCUGGAGAGAUUCCGUAUUGAGUAUGAAAAGCUGCACCGCGCCCUUAAGAAAUCGCAUGAUAAUGAGAAGCGCUUGAUGACGAGGUGCCGAGAGCUAAAUGCUGAGAUUGUCACCAAUUCAGUCAAAGUGUCCACCGCUUUGAAGCUCUCUCAAGAUGACCAGUCAACGAUCACCACCUUAAAGCAGGAGAUUGAGAAGGCUUGGAAGAUGGUGGACGCGGCUCAUGACCAGGAGAAGCGAGGGAAGGAGACCAUUCACAGUCUGAAGGAGGAGAUCGCCAAGCUCACCAGGCUGGUGGAGCAAGGAGCUGGCCUGUCCUUGGGUCAGGAAAGCGGAGUGGACGGAAUGCUACAAGCCAAAGACGAACUGGUGAAGGAGAGGGAUGAGCUAUACUUGGAGAUCACGGUCCUGCGUAACCAGCUGGCAGACCUGACCACACAACAGCAUGAAGCUGAGCACGCCAAGGAGGAGGCUGACCAGAGCAUAUCCCAGCUUCAGCGAGACAUCCAGAUGAGGGAAAACGAGGUGGCCAGGGAGAUGCGACGCAAGGAGAGGCUGGAGAAGGAGGUGAAGCGUCUCCAGGGAGAGCUGGAGGCCAAGCAAGCCGAGAUCAAACAGCUACAGGUCCAGCAGUUCAAGAACAAGGAGGAGCACCACAAGGUGGAGCAUCAGCUCAAGGAACAGAAGAUCUUGAAUGAGAGGCUGUCCAAGGACCUGGAGGUGCUUCACCAUCGAUUCACCAAGUUACAGGUGGAGAACGAGCAGCAGGUCAUGAUCACUGACCAGCUGAUGCACGAUAACACUCAGAAGAUGAUUGAGCUGAAGACCCGAGAGGACGAGGUAAGCCACAUGCGCCAGGAGAUCACCAAACUGAACAAGGUGAAGGAGGUCAUGCACAGGAAGAUGCACGUCCUGGAGGAUCACAAGACGGACUUGGAAAAUCAGCGAGAGACACUCAAGAACCUCACCAGCGGGCUGGAUAGAGAGCUGGAGGCUGUGAAGAAGCAGGCUGACAUUGACAAGAAGGCCAUUGAUGAGCUAGUGCGAGAGCGAGACAUUCUGAAUAAGAACGUAUUGAAGGCGAUCAGUGCCACCGACAAGCAGCUCAACCUGGUCAAGCUCCACGAACAGUCAAAGAAGGUCCUGGAGAACGAGAUCCAAAACUAUAAGAAUGAGGCUCACAAACAGCGGAAGAUCAUCCUGCACCUGGAGAAGGAGCGGGACCGAUAUAUCAACGAGACCAGUGCCCUCUCACACAGGGUCUAUCAGAACAUGGAGGACAUCAAUGCCCGCGACUUGCAGAACUUUGAAUACAAGAAGAAGAUCGCAGAUGCCAUGAGCAAGCUGAGACAUCAGCAAACCAUGUUCGAGACAGUGAGGAACGACAGGAACCUUCAAAGCAAGAACCUGAUCGAAGCCAAGGACGAAAUCACUGAAAUGAAACGGAAGCUGAAAGUCACUAACCACCACAUCGAUCAGCUGAAGGAGGAGAUCUCCUCGAAGGAGGCGGCGUUGGUGAGGCAACAGCUGGAGCACCAGCGCAUGGAUAAGGAGAAGGAAGCGCUUAAGGCUGAACUGCAGAAGAUGAAGCGACAGGCUCAGGAGACCAAGAUGUUCAUUGAAAGUCAGGAGACGGAGGAGAAGAAGCUGCUCAGGAUCAUCUCCGAGGCGGACACAGAGAGACUCCGGCAGAAGAAGGAGUUGGACCAGGUUAUCACCGAGAGAGACAUUCUGGGCACCCAGCUGGUGAGACGCAAUGACGAGUUGGCCCUGCUGUACGAGAAGAUCAAGAUCCAGCAGUCCAUGUUGAACAAAGGUGAGAUGCAGUAUAGGCAGCGAGUGGAGGACAUCCGGCUCCUCAAGUUGGAGAUCAAGAAGCUGCGACGAGAGAAGGCCAUCCUCACCAAGACAGUGGCCAACGUGGAUGACCUCAGGCGGGAGCUGUAUCACGUACAGAGGGAGCUGCUGAAGGAGCGAACACGGUGCAGGGCCCUGGAGGAGGAGCUGGAGAACCCCAUGAAUGUGCACAGGUGGCGCAAACUGGAGGCCAGCGAUCCCAGCACGUACGAACUCAUUAUGAAGAUUCACACGCUGCAGAAGAGACUGAUCGCAAAAACCGAGGAAGUGGUGGAGAAAGAGCUUCUCUUACAGGAGAAGGAGAAGCUUUAUGUGGAGCUGAAGCACAUCCUGGCUCGACAGCCUGGGCCUGAGACGGCUGAACAGCUGCAGAUCUACCAGAAGGCCCUGCGAGAGAAGACCAGGCAAUUGAAGGCCCUGACUUCGGAGCUGAACAUGUUUGAGUCUCAGAGCCAGGAGUACAAGUACGAGAUCGAUCGCCUGAGCCUGGAGCUGCAGAACAUACAGAAGAAAUACCACCUGCAGAAACGCAAGGAACAGCAGACUAAGGAGAAGGAAAAGCAGGCGAUCGACAGGGGGACAACAUCCAUCCAACCACAGAAGACAAACCAUCCCCAGAUCACAGGAGGAGGCUUCAACUUUAAGCAGCCGACCCAGGUCACAGCUUAAGCCCAUGUCAGUGACACCCCUACACUCUCCAACAUCACGCAAGAAACUCUUAUCAUUUUAGCAAGGGCUGAGAGCCGUCGCUUAAUGACAGUGUGCGAUGAUUUUGCUAGAAUCUAUUUCAAAAUUUUAUAUCGACGGCUCAAACGCCCUGCUCACAAAAAAGUAACGGACUCUUAACUCUAAUGGAGAAGUUGUACUUUAAGAGACAUUGAUUCUCGCACUUUAGCGGCACUUUGCAACCACUCGCAAUAAAGAGGCUGAUUUGCAGUGGGGAAA